CUUGCUUGUGCUCUCUCUUGCUCUUUUCUUUUAUUGCUGUGUUGGAGUAGGGUUGUUUCUAUCGUAAUGUGAGAUGCUAAGGAAAUAAUUAAAGAAACUAGAUGAAUUUUUUAUUUAACAUACAAAUUGGCCAUUGAAACUUAGAACUUGUUUAAUCAUGAAGAUUUGGACUUCAGAACACACAUUCAACCAUCCAUGGGAGACAGUUGCGCAAGCAGCAUGGCGAAAAUAUCCCAACCCUAUGAACCCUGCAGUCAUUGGAACUGAUGUAGUUGAAAGAAAAGUGGUAGAUGGAGUACUGAUUACCCACAGACUUGUCAGUUCGAAAUGGUAUUUCCCUCGAUGGGCACAAGCAUUGAUUGGAACAGCAAAAAUUUGCUAUGCUAGUGAGAAAUCCGAAGUAAAUCCUAGCAUACGACAGAUGACUCUAAAAACGAGAAACUUAACAUUUUGUCAUUACAUAGCUGUUGAUGAAACAGUAAGAUAUACUCCACAUCCGAAAGAUUCAUCCAAAACGCUGCUGACACAGGAGGCUGUAGUAACUGUACAAGGUGUACCUCUAGGCAGUUAUAUGGAAGAUCUACUUGCAAACAAGAUCUCUUUGAAUGCUGGAAAAGGACGACAAGCCAUAGAGUGGGUUAUAGGCAAGCUGGACUCUGAAAUCAAAGAACUUGCAAGUUCAGCAUGCAAAAGCACAGAUGAACUUCUUACACAGACUAAGAAGUCUCUUGAUGACAUCACUUCUUCAGCUAGAAGAUCCAUGGAUGAUAUUUCUUCAAAAGCAAAACGGUCCCUUGAUGAUAUAGAAAAAUUCACUAAGGCAAAUGCAAACCAACGGAGCUGAAAAGAGGAGUGAUUGAAGUCUCAAUGGACUGUUUGGCGCUAGAGACUUGCGACACACGCUAUUUUGUCAUGAUUAUUGUAUUUCAUUUUCAUGAAAAGUGAUUUCAUUCAUUUAUUUAUUACUAAUUUAAUGUAAUACCAUUAUGCAAUUGUAUUGCAUAGGAUUAAUGACAAUA